AUGUAUCUUACUGAUAAAAUUAAUAAAUAUUUUUUAAAAAUAAAUUGUUUUACAAGUGUCAUUGCUGAAGCUGUAUUAGAUAUUACAGUUUCAAAUUUAUUAGAUCCAAUGUCUAUUAAAACUUUUUCAAUCUCUUCAGCAGUAAAAACUGCUCCCGAAGUUCAAGGAGUUGAGGGAAUAUUAGAAGCUUAUUCUAGAACUUUUGUUACAUUGGAAUUAUAUGGACCCACAAAUUUCUCACCAGUAAAUGUUUAUAUUUAA